AGUUCUAGAGGCUGGAAAUUUCAAAGUCAAGGUGUAGACAUCUCAUGAGGGCCUUCUUGCUGUGUGCUCACAUGGCAGAAAGCCGAAGGGCAAGAGAAGGAUGAACUGUGUGUCCUCACAUGGCAGAAGAGAAGAGAAGAGAACACAUUCCUGCAAGCUCUUUUUGUACCAGCAUUAAUCCAUUCAUGAGGACUCCACCAUCAUGGUUUAGGUUUAGGUUUGAGACCUAAACACCUUCCAAAAGUCCACACCUUCCAAUACAAUGACCCUGGGGAAGUUUUCAAUACAUGAAUUAUGGAGAGCACACAUUCAAACUAUAGCAACUGGAAGAGGGAAAAAGGGGAAACAGCCCACAGAGAUAUCUCAUCCAUAAUACAGCUCAUGUUUUUUGGCUAGACCUAUGACCAUUUUCGCUAGACUUCACUGCACGUUUUCUCAAGUAUCUUCUUCGUCCCUAAUGUGUGAACCUCAUCAUGGACACGCUACUUUAGCUAAGGCAUGACCAGCAAUGAACAGUAGUAAGAUAUGUGCUGAUUAGAAGGCUCACUUGUGCAGUGUGGAGGAUAACCAGUGCCUUACAAAAUGGGGUUUGGGAGUGACCUGAAGAAUUCACAUGAAGCAGUGUUAAAAUUGCAAGACUGGGAAUUACGGUUACUGGAAACAGUAAAGAAAUUUAUGGCCCUGAGAAUAAAAAGUGAUAAAGAAUAUGCAUCUACUUUACAGAACCUUUGUAAUCAAGUUGAUAAGGAAAGUACUGUCCAAAUGAAUUAUGUCAGCAACGUAUCCAAGGAGAAAACUGCUGAGGUUAGGCGAUUUACUUCUGAAGAAUAAAGGUGACUAUGGCCAGUUAUUUUUCUGGUUACUGUUCUUCAGAAGAAGAACAAGAAAGGUGGCCCUUAAGUCCAAGAGGAAUAAAAGCAAUUGAGGAGCACCAAGAAGCUGGAAAAGUAUUGGGAAAGAAAAGUCUUGGCUACUUAUGAUUCAGCAGACAGAACAACUUAGUAGGAUAAUGAAGACACAUGCAGAGGACUUGAACUCUGGACCUUUACACAGGCUCACCAUGAUGAUUAAGGACAAGCAGCAGGUGAAGAAAAGUUACAUAGGUGUUCAUCAGCAGAUAGAGGCAGAGAUGAUCAAGGUUACCAAAACAGAAUUGGAGAAGUUAAAAUGCAGCUAUAGACAAUUAAUAAAAGAAAUGAAUUCUGCCAAAGAGAAAUAUAAAGAAGCUUUAGCUAAAGGGAAGGAAACUGAAAAGGCCAAGGAACGAUACGACAAAGCCACAAUGAAACUUCAUAUGUUGCACAAUCAGUAUGUAUUGGCGUUGAAAGGGGCACAGCUCCAUCAGAAUCAGUAUUAUGAUAUCACACUUCCCCUGCUUCUGGACUCCUUACAAAAGAUGCAAGAAGAAAUGAUAAAAGCACUCAAAGGUAUAUUUGACGAAUACAGCCAGAUAACCAGUCUUGUCACAGAGGAAAUAGUGAAUGUCCAUAAAGAGAUUCAAAUGUCGGUUGAACAGAUAGAUCCUAGUACAGAAUACAAUAAUUUCAUAGAUGUUCACAGAACAACGGCUGCUAAAGAACAAGAAAUAGAGUUUGAUACUUCCUUACUGGAAGAAAAUGAAAAUCUUCAGGCAAAUGAGAUCAUGUGGAAUAACUUAACAGCAGAAAGUUUGCAAGUAAUGUUGAAAACGUUAGCGGAAGAACUUAUGCAAACACAGCAGAUGCUUUUAAACAAGGAGGAGGCUGUUUUGGAGUUAGAGAAGAGAAUUGAAGAAUCUUCUGAGACUUGUGAGAAGAAGUCUGAUAUUGUGCUUCUGCUAAGCCAAAAACAGGCACUUGAAGAGCUGAAACAGUCAGUCCAGCAGCUGAGAUGCACUGAAGCAAAGUUUUCAGCACAGAAGGAAUUACUAGAGCAAAAAGUGCAAGAAAAUGACGGGAAAGAGCCACCUCCAGUAGUAAAUUAUGAAGAAGAUGCACGAUCAGUUACAUCUAUGGAAAGAAAGGAGAGGCUAUCCAAAUUUGAAUCUAUUCGUCAUUCAAUUGCUGGAAUAAUUAGGUCUCCAAAAUCUGCACUGGGCUCUUCAGCACUUUCUGAUAUGAUCUCCAUCAGUGAGAAGCCUUUGGCAGAACAGGACUGGUACCAUGGUGCAAUUCCCAGAAUAGAAGCUCAAGAACUGUUAAAAAAACAAGGAGACUUUUUGGUGCGAGAGAGUCAUGGGAAACCUGGUGAAUAUGUCCUUUCUGUAUAUUCUGAUGGACAGAGGAGACAUUUUAUCAUACAAUAUGUUGAUAACAUGUAUCGAUUCGAGGGCACUGGGUUUUCAAACAUUCCUCAACUUAUAGAUCAUCACUAUACAACAAAACAGGUCAUCACUAAGAAAUCAGGUGUAGUUCUGCUGAAUCCUAUUCCUAAGGACAAGAAAUGGAUUCUCAGUCAUGAAGAUGUCAUAUUGGGAGAAUUACUGGGCAAGGGAAAUUUUGGUGAAGUAUAUAAGGGCACAUUAAAGGAUAAAACUUCUGUUGCUGUUAAAACAUGUAAAGAAGAUCUUCCUCAGGAAUUGAAAAUAAAAUUUUUACAAGAAGCCAAAAUUCUCAAGCAAUAUGAUCAUCCCAAUAUUGUCAAACUUAUAGGAGUUUGCACACAAAGACAGCCUGUCUACAUCAUUAUGGAACUGGUUUCAGGAGGUGAUUUCCUCACCUUUCUGAGAAGGAAGAAGGAUGAACUAAAACUCAAACAGUUAGUGAAAUUUUCAUUAGACGCUGCUGCUGGUAUGUUGUAUCUCGAGAGUAAAAACUGUAUACACAGGGACCUUGCUGCAAGAAACUGCCUGGUAGGUGAAAAUAAUGUUCUGAAAAUCAGUGACUUUGGAAUGUCUCGUCAAGAGGAUGGUGGAGUGUAUUCAUCUUCUGGCUUAAAGCAGAUUCCCAUUAAAUGGACAGCACCGGAGGCUCUUAAUUAUGGGAGAUACAGUUCAGAGAGUGACGUGUGGAGCUUUGGCAUCCUUCUCUGGGAGACCUUCAGCUUAGGGGUUUGUCCAUACCCUGGAAUGACAAAUCAACAAGCAAGAGAGCAAGUAGAAAGAGGAUACCGGAUGUCAGCUCCCCAGCACUGUCCAGAGGAUAUUUCCAAAAUCAUGAUGAAGUGUUGGGAUUAUAAACCUGAAAAUCGCCCUAAGUUCAGUGAACUUCAGAAAGAGCUCACUAUCAUCAAGAGAAAACUCACAUAGUGACAGGAUGGCGCCAAACUCAGCCUUCAGGACUCUGUCCUCCAGCAGAGUAACAUUAUUGUUCUCAUUAACAAUGAAUUUAUACCACAUUACCUUCGACAGUCUUCUACCAUUAUUUUUUAUUAACUGGGUGUUUUAAAAGUACGUUCCACUUGUAAAAAGUCAAAGGCAAAUUUGUUAAAGAAAUAGGCAGUCCUACCAAGGGCUUUCUUAGCUAACCAUAGCAAUCCUACCAUUUCAGACCAUUGCAGAUAGAAAAGCACAGGCUUCUAAGUGUGUGAAGGAUAAAAGAUCUAUCCUUUUCACACCUUUUUUCUACUUCAGGCACAGUUUGUGGGCUGCCAUCCUAUGCCACAGACCCUACUCAGUUGGUGCUAUAAACAGCAUUGGUAAUGCCAUGUUUGCAGGACAUGUUCCAACCACAGCUGGCUUUCUCCUCUGCCAAAGCAAGAUUAUAUUUGUAAACAGAAUUUUAUAUUGGGAAUUAUUUGGACCUCCUGAGGUUUUUCUUUUCUUUCUUGCCAGGUAUAAGCCCAAUGUAAGAAUCAUCAUGCUCCUACAUUAUUUGUAAGGUUGUCAUUUUCCUCCUCCUUUGUCUGGGCAUCAGAAAACAAUGCACGUAGGUCGGGCACGGUGGCUCACGCCUGUAAUCCCAGGCAUGAGAUUACAUGCCUGGGAUUACAGGCGUGAGCCACAGUGCCCAGCCCCCUCCCUCCUUUGGGAGGCCGAGGCAGGCGGAUCACCUGAGGUCAGGAGUUCGAGACCAGCCUGGCUUGCAUGGUGAAACCCUGUCUCUACCAAAAAAAAAAAAAAAAGAAA